ACACAAACUUUUAAUCGGAAUGAAUGUGAGUGGUUUGAAAAAAAUUAAUUUGUUCCUUUUGACGGUAGCUGUUGUAGUUUUGUUGUUUCUUAUCAGAUAUUCAAUAAUGAUGAACAGAGUAAAUAUUGGAGAAGUACCUGUUCUGUUUCACAUUGAGAAUGUUGCAGAAACAACUUUUUUUGGUGAAAUGGGAAAACCGGUGAUCCUUCGAAACAAUAUGUCAAAAAUUAUUACUAAAAUGGUAGAGAAUGGUUGGCGUCAUUAUGGGUUCAACCAAUUCGUAAGCGAUUGCAUAAAUGUCCACAGGUCAUUGCCAGAUCCCAGAGAUGAAUGGUGUAAAGCGCCUCGUAGAUUCAUGGCAGAACUUCCUUCUACAUCUGUGAUUAUUUGUUUCCACAACGAAGCCUGGUCAGUUAUUUUGAGAUCGAUUCAUUCAAUACUGGACAGAUCGCCCGACUAUCUGCUCAAGGAAAUCAUCCUAAUUGACGACUUUUCAGAUACGGAACACCUUAAACAGAAUUUAGUCGAAUACUGGGAAAAUAACCCCAAAUUGAGGAUUUUCAGAACCUCGGAGAGGUUGGGUCUUAUGAAAGCUAGAUUGCUUGGAACAUUCCAUGCGAGAGGAGAAGUUCUUACAUUUCUGAAUUCACGUGUAGAAUGUGCUCCUGGAUGGUUGGUGCCACUUCUAGACCGAAUUGCACGAAAUCCCAAAACUGUAGUAUCUCCAAAAAUAGAUGUUAUUGACCCCGACACCUUGGAGUUCUCAUACGGAUCUGAUGUCUACAUAUGUGGUUUCAAUUGGAAUUUAAUGGCUAUCCAGCAUUCAAUUUCUGAAAAUGAACAACGAAAAUCCAACCAUUCUGCCGAGCCUGUUAAAACUCCAAUAAUACCACAUGGUUUGUUCAGUAUAAAUAAAGCAUUUUUUCUCCUGCUGGGUACAUAUGAUGAAAGCUUCGAACUGAGUGGUGCAGAAAACCUCGAACUGUCUCUGAAGACGUGGAUGUGUGGGGGUUCUAUAGAAAUUAUUCCUUGUUCCCAUGUUGGUUACAUAUUUCGAGAAACUCUUCAUUACACGUCUAAAUUCUUGACCGAAGUUCGGCACCAGGAUCUUACACGUGUGGCUGAAGUUUGGUUGGAUGAUUAUAGUGAUUACUAUUACAAAAAUCAUCGAAAAAAAUACAUUGAUCAUGAGUAUGUACGUAGGAAAAAGUUACAAAGAAAAACAUUGGGGUGCAAAUCUUUCAAGUGGUAUAUAGAUAAUGUUUAUCCAGAGUUGCUUCAUACAUAAUCUGCAGUAUUGAUUCUAUUUCAAUAUUAAAACUGUUAACACAUCAGUAUAGAUAUAGGUAGAAGCAAAUAUUUGACAUUUUCUCACAGUAUUGAGACUUGCUGGAUUUCGGAGUCGACGUUGAAUUGGAGUUAACGAGCAACAAAUGAUGUGAUAUAUCUGUUCUAUAUUGUUUUCGUCGUUGUUCAAAUUGUAAUGAAUGAGUUUCGAAAUUGCUGAAGCUUUCCACAGAAAUGAAAAAAUUAGAAGCAGUCGACAUCAGAAUGUACGACAUAAGCUACAUCCUAGAAAGUGAUUGAAUUCAUGUAAAUUCGCAUUUGAACAAUCAUCUUUGAAAGACAAAUGAUACUCAAACUUCUAUAAACUUCCUAAUACCUGAAUUUUGUGUCCUGUUCAGGAUAUUGUGUUAUUAUUAUCAAUAAAUUUUUCUCGACAGUUAUCUACCUCUUCUGGUUGAUACUGAUACUCAAACUUGUAUAAUAAACUUCCUAAUACCUGAAUUUUGUGUCCUGUUCAGGAUAUUGUGUUAUUAUUAUCAAUAAAUUUUUCUCGACAGUUA